AUGAAUAAGAGUGACGACGUGUUGACACAAGUCGUUGCAGGGAGUGCAACAGCUGUGUUCAAAACUACGCUGACUCAACCAUUCGAAUAUGUAAAGACAGUAUCACAGCUCAGGAAAACAAUACCAGGGAUUAAACAAACAGUUGCUAUUCAACCAGUGAAGACAUAUUUUGUUGGUUGUUCUAUCCUUAAUAUCGGUGCUAUAUUGAAAACAGGUGCAAGAUUUGGUACAUUUGAACAAGUCUGUCAAUUGAUGAAGGGGCCAAAUGCCACUCCGCAGACACAAUUGGCAGGUUGGCAAAUGGCUGUCGCAGGAAUAAUUACAGGCUCAGUGGAGAGUUUAUGGAUUAUACCAUUUGAAAAUAUUAAGACCAGAAUGAUAGAAAACUCGAUGAUUUUGAAUGAUCGUAAUAACCAAAUCGAAUCACUUAAAGAGAAAAAGCCCAAUUUAACCACGGAUAAAACAGUUACUAAUGGACCAAUGAAACAGGGGAAAACGUUUCAUAAAACAACACAGAGGUUUUCCUCCACAGAAGCCAUGAAUCCAAGGUACAUGGCUUAUAUGCAAUAUGAGAAAAAUCCAUCUGUAGGAAUGUUUAAUACAAUCGUAGAAACUUAUAGAACAAGAGGUUUAGCUGGAUUUGUUCAAGGUAGUAUGCCAACAAUAUUGAGACAAAUUGGGAACUCUAUGGUUAGGUUCACAGUUUAUACUUCAUUGAAAAAAAAAUUAGUAAACCCUGGUGAACCACUUAAUGAAACAAUUGCUUUUAUUCUUGGGGCAACUACCUCUAUUGCUGUGGUAUCUUUAACUCAACCGUUAGACGUCAUAAAGACAAGAAUGCAAAGUAAAAAUGCAUGGAAAGAAUAUAAAAACUCUUUAAAUUGUUGUUAUCAAAUAUUUAUUAAUGAAGGUUGGGUCUCUCUUUGGAAAGGUUCUGUACCAAGAUUAUUUAAAGUUGGUUUAUCAGGAGGUAUAUCCUUUGGUAUUUAUCAAUAUGUGGAAAAUUUGAUUAUGCUAAUGAGAAAAGAAGGAUAUUUAAAGUAA